AUGCCCGAUAACACGCCACGGCCGCAAGGACAAGUCUUGGGAAAUACGGGCAGCGGCAAAUCAUCUGUAAGCGAGAGGGACCUUGACUAUCAGUUCAUCAAUGCCGCUGCUGGCUCGACACAGAUGGCCGAGUCGACAGGCUUGAGGAGUCUAACCACCAAGGUCGCUGCUACUGACCCGUUCAUGGUCGACAACCAGCGGGUUGUUCUACUCGAUACCCCCGGUUUCGAUAACACUAAUGGGAUGAGCUUCAGGGAGAUAAUGCUAGAAAUACAGACUUAUCUGACUCGAAAGUGUGUAGACUCGAGCUUCGAACUGUGGUGGAAAAUUGACCCAGAGUCGCAGUUUUGA